UUUAUUACACAUUCGAGUCAAAAUAAUUUAUCAGCUUGAUAGCAAAAUUGUCCAGAAAAUGUCAUCUUUCACAACAAUCCUACUUUUCUCUUUUGCCAUAUUUGGCACCCAUGCCACCCUGAUAAUUAUUGGAUCGUCCUCAAAUAGCCCCACCACACCGAGUCCACUCUCCCUUCCGAUAAUUUACUAUGAAAAAUUCCUACUCGCCAAUUCCCUCCAACUUGGCGAAUCCUGUUCCUGGAGUGACGAAACCUUCCGCCAAACUAGUUCCCGUAAGAUGCAAAAAUCUCCGAAAGAGAGUCCACAGCGCAACGAAAUUUUCGACAGCUUUGUUUCGAACACUGUACAAAAAGGGAGGAACUAUUGUAGGGCGUUGGAGAUGCACGUGUGUGACAAGGAUACGGCUCGAUGCGUUUGCGGGGAACCGAAUGUUCAGGCCAUCCUUAGCGACCGGUAUAAACCGACGGAUUACGUAACCGAAUUGGAGGCCGGGACGGGUAAAAAUGUGUGUCGGUAUUACCGAGGGGCGUCCUGUAUUCCAGAACCUGUCAAAACAGAGGGCGACACCUUCGCGUUUAAAUGUGCGCAAGGUCUGAGCUGUAAUUAUGUCAAGGAUGGAACCACGUGUACAGACUUGUCAAGAAUGAGUUAUUUGCUGGAAUCUAUUCGAAAUAACGUGACGGUGGAAGACUACGUCGAAGGGAGUCUGACAGGGAAGCAGUGCACGUGUGAAAAUGAGGCGAAGGAUGAUGAUACGAACCCCAAUUUGAGUGGGAGAUUUAAACGAAGCUUGAGUGGGGAUGAGGAAACGUAUGCUAAAACAAAAUCCGCAUUUUUUAGGGAGGAGUGGUGAAAUGGUAGUUAAUAUGUAAAUACUUUGGGGCGUCAUGCGAGUAUGUAAUACAUUUUUUUCUUUAACAGACUUAUCUUAAAAUCCUAAGAUUUCAAAUGUACUUAGGAUAAGAUAAUAAUCUAGAUUUUUUGUUCCCUCAAAUCUUUAAAAAUAACCAUACAAAUUGAAUUUUUCAGUUUCCACUAGUUUUACAGAUUAUUUCUUACUAUCGAAAAUCUUCCUAUUAUUAUUAUACAAAAUGUGUCAAAUUGUUGUCGGAUUGAUGCAAUUUUUUAAAUGAAAAUGAUGAGACGCAUCGAUGCUGGAGCUCAAGACGCAUUUUUCUGCAGGAGUGACGAAUCCGAGUUUUUCCAACUUUACAAAUUUUGAUCAAUUUUGCGUGUGUACAAAUUUUGGAUAGAUUGGCAGAACAGAAUUUUGUCUGUACCUAUCAGUAAACUUAGAUUUACUAUAGGAUAAGAUAAAUCCCAGAAAAUUCUGUUUCUUCCUAUUUCUGUUUCCUGUUUCCCGUUGUUUGUUAUAUCCUGUUUCUUUCCUCAAAUAUGUAGAAAAAUAAAUGGAAAUUGAUUAUUUUUUGUUCGAACUUACUUUCUAGGUUACGACUUUCUUAACAGUCAAAAAUGUGUAUACCCCGAAAAACCCAGUUUUCUUGGUGCUAAAUUAUCUACGCGGAUACAUAAAUAGAACACUUGAUUGUAUACUCGCCUUUAUGAAAUUAUUUCUCCAAUUGAGAAAAAAAUUAUUUUAGAUUUUCCCUCAG